UCCCCGCGGGGCCGUCAUGGCGCAUACCCCUCGCGGCCGCCGUAGAUGUUCGCGCAUGCGCCUUGUCCCUGUGCGAUUCCGACAAGAAACGCCCAUUUUCGCCGAUCGCGAUCGUCCGCGUUUGCGCCAUGAGAGAGGGAGUGCUGGAUAGAUGAAUGAUAGUGCAGUGAAGUGAUAAAACGGGGUGCAGGGGCGGGGAAGUGGCGCUCAGUAAGCCUUGACUGGGGUGGGAGUGGACGUUGUAGUCGGCCGUGGCUCAAAGGCGCAUCUUCGCUUAUGUCCACCGACACCUGGAGCAGCAUUUCCUUGGACAACUCAAUCCUGAAUUGCUCGUGGGUGAGUUUCUAGAGGACUGGCGUAGAUGUACUGUACAAGAUGUACGCAUUUACCACAGCCAUGUCGAUAAAUGAAAUGCUUGCCCUUCUCCACCAUUUGACCGUGC